CAAUCCUCAUCUCCACGCUUUCUUCUCUCAACACCGCUGCAGGAACCAGUGGUUAAACACAUUUACCAUGUCAUCCCCAUUAGUACUUCUCCCUGGGGAUGAGAUCCCCUCCGAAUACCUCCCUGCCACCAAUUCCGCCCCAUUGAGACUGGGCUCCGGUCUCCGUCUACUUUCACAACCGCCCUCUUCUUCACCUCAAUCGUCUUCCCCUAGUCAUGUCCUCACAGCCACGCAAGCCGGCAUACUCUCCACCGAUAACAAAAGAAACGCUGUAUCUAUUUUGUCAUCUCCGAAACGCCGCUAUAUCCCUACUCCCAACGACCUGGUCAUUGCGCAGGUCCACCAUUCCAGUCCGGAUUACUUCCACUGCAUGAUUACCCCGCAAACGCCUCAUGUGGUGCUGGGACAGCUGGCAUUCGAAGGUGCGACGAAGAAGACCCGGCCGAUGCUCAAACAAGGUGAUCUGGUUUACGCUCGUGUGCUCUCGGUCGGUCUUGGUGCGGGCGCGGAGGUUGAACUAACAUGUGUGAACCCUGCGACGGGAAAGGCUGAACCCGGAGGAUUGGGUCAUUUGACGGGGGGCAUGGUGUUUGAUAUCUCUACUGGCAUGGCUGCUAGGUUGAUGAGGGCGAGCUCAUCCUCUUCCGACCAACAAGACGGCGUGGCCGGGUUGGUUGUGCUGGACGAACUGGGCAAGAAGUUGGAAAAAGCGGGUGGCUUUGAGAUUGCCGUAGGAAGAAAUGGCAAGGUCUGGGUGGACUGUUCCAAUGGGGGAGAUGCUGCUGUCAAGGCCACGGUAGCGAUUGGACGAUGCCUGACUACGAUCGAUGAACAUGAUCUGGGUCCAGCUGAUCAGAAAAAGCUGGUGUCGAGGAUAUUGCGAGAGAUGAAGAUUGAAGUCUAGGAGGAUAAAUAGGAGUGUAUGCUGUACAUUUAUGACUAAUUGUGUGAUAUCAUGCAUUAUUUGACGAUUCCCGGCGUUCGAUGUACUGUGGAAGAGAAGUGCAGGGCGAUCUGGAUGACCUAUUAUCCCAUUCCAGGCAGUCCUACUCCGUGCAUCUUGUUAACUAGACCAAGGUCUUCAUUUACGGGUUGGUCAGUCCUUGUAUGACAACAGGGAUGAACAUGCCGAUUAGCCUCGCCGGGCAACUGGCUGAUCAGUUCGUGGGAAGCCGAAGAAUAGGGACCGGGGAUGUUUCCAGGUUUGGGUCAGUACCUAAAUAGGUGUGUUGAAUUUGUAUUGCGAGAAUUGUGGAGUAGAAUUGGGCGUUCUAGCUUCACAUUUAGGCGUCGAACGGUGAAGUGGCUACAUGAAGUGAAAGAGGAAU